AUAAAGAAUGGUAGUGCAGAAGGGUUUUCUCUUCUGCAAGCUGACAGAAUGGGGAAAGCUCGUUUUGGGUUAUCUGUUACUCUAUUCCUGGGGAAAUUCGGGAGUUUUCAAGCGGUCGGCAAAUCAACAACUUAGGAUCAAGUCUUAGUUUUCACUCUAUUUCUAGAUAUUUGUAUAUCCUUUACGAGACUUGUGUAAACAUGGGCAAGAGCCACCAGAGAAAAAAGAAGAGAAAGAACACCAGUAAAAGACAAAAGCAAGAACCAGGACCAAGACCUUUCUCUGACUUUGGGAAGGUUGCCAAUGGUUUGCUUACAAAGGGCUACAGCCAGGAUCAGAGACUUAGCAUUUCGACCCGGAGUUGUAAUGGAGUGAUUUUAAGUUCAACUGCUGCGAAACACGGUAGACGUUCAAGUCCAACUACACAAAUUGCAGCAAGCUAUAAAUAUGGAAACGCUUCAAUUGAUGUAAACAUUGAUGCAAAACCAAGUUUUUCGACAACACUCACUCUUGGUGGAAAGGUUUUACCAUCCACAUAUACCAAAGCUUCAUUAAAAUUUCCUGAUUACAACUUUAGCAAGCUCAAUCUCAAAUUCCAGCAUUUCUUCAGAAAUGCUGCUUUAUACAUCUCUGUUGGCCUGAACCAAUCCCCUGUAGUAAUGCUUUCAGCAAGUAUUGGCACUGCAAGCAUUGCAUUUGGCAUGGAAGCAAAGUACAAGCAUGCUUCUCACAGUUUUACCCAGUGUGAUGCAGGCAUUUCAGUUACUCAGCCAAGUUGUGAUGCUUCAAUAAUUCUGGCUGAAAGAGGUGACCUUCUAAGGCUGGCGUAUGUGCAUCAUUUUGGCCACUCAAGGAAAAUUUCUGCAGUGGCAGAGGUCACUAGGAGGCUGUCCAAAAACAAAAACACCUUUGCAGUUGGAGGAUCAUGCAUUGUGGAUCAUCUAACAGCAGUAAAGGCAAAACUUAACAAUCAGGGAAAGCUGCAAGCCCUACUGCACCAUAUGAUCAGUCCCAACUCAUGGUUAACUCUUUCUGGUGAAUUUGACACCAAAGCUCUUGACAAGAGACCCAGAAUAGGAUUGGCACUUGCUCUCAGGCUUUAAUUGCUCUCUCAACAGCAACAGUAUGAUG